CCAGGAACGCUACAAUACUUUAACAAUUACACUGUGGCGCUAAAUACGUUUACGUCGCAGUACUAUAUGUAUUCCAACUCGCUCAAGGUCGAGAUGCAACGCAAAGCAGCCAUUAUUAUUGUUUUCGACAAGGAAUCAGGAAGAAAAUAAGAAUCGUCAUCGGCCGGCCAUUCCGCAUCAAUCGGCGGGCGCGUUUAGUGGCGUCGUAUGCGCACCCUGGACAUUCUAAUUUUUUUCAAACAAAAAAAAUAAUUAAGUAACUAUAGACUAAAUUACAUUUUCACUUUGUCUUUUUUUGACUAUGGAGAGUAAUCGAUCGAGUGGCUAUUUUUCGGACGCGUUCUCACCAUGGGGAAACCAAGACUCUUGGCCAGAGUUCCAGGCUACCUCAGAACAAGCAGUCGUCACAGACAGGCCCAGGUCAUCCAGAUUUGAGCCAACGUCUGUCGGAGUACCCUUCGAUGCUGUGAGGGAAGUAGGCUUCGACGCUGUGAGGGAGGAGUUCCAGAGGAACGGGGUCGACUCUCCCUAUGACCCGGAUGCUUGGGCAGAUUUUAACAACAAUACAGGAGUGCGUAACAUGAGCCCGCCAGCUACGUCGUGGCCGGCUCCAGGAACUUCACCUAACACGCUUCGCCAGGGGAGACAUUACAGGAGGCAAAGCUCUGGAGAGGAUUGGAUGUCGUCUCCAGACUCUCAAGGGCGGGCGGAGGAAGUGGCCACGUACGGGAUAACUGCAGAUCAGCUGCGCGUGCUGCAGUCGCUGCCCAACGAGGCGCUGGACUACUUGUUGAGUCUGAUGGGCGAGUGGCGGCGCCUGGCGCUGGAAGCUGCGCGCAAGCCUGUAGAACCGGUAGAGUGCCGCUUCUGCAAAAAGAAUGGCGAGGAAGAUGCCUACUGGCGCUCGCACCGGCUGCGCUGGAGAGGCAAGCUGGUUUGCCCGGUGCUGCGCCGCCUGGUGUGCAGCCGCUGCGGCGCGCACGGGGACGCCGCGCACACGCUCAAGUACUGCCCGCUCGCCUCUGACGAAGAACGCUUGAGAUCGACAUCUAUGAUGCAAAGCAUUCGUUCCCGCCGCGCGCAGCUAGCGCCAUCUCGUGACGUCACCAGCGACUACUACGUGGCCGCGUCCGCGCCGUCCGCCCUCAGCGACAGCGCCAGCUACAGAGUACACGAACCGCUCGCUCCGCAAUGGCAAGCCCUAAUUGAUAGGCUGAUCAAUAUGCCUGAUUAUGGCCGUUAACUAAAACAAUUAUUAAUAUUCACAUAUCAAUAAUUGUUGUAGUUAAUAAUUAUUUUAUUAGUCAUGUCUAUCAAUUGUGCCAAUUAUGAUGUUCAAAGUAGCCGAUAGGUGGCGUUAUUAGUUCUAUCAAGAAAGAUCAUGAUAAUUAUAAGUGAUUGAUUAGUAUCAAGUGAUACAAUUUUUUUUAGUUUUGUUUCAUAGAUAUUUGACUAUAGACAGAAUUAAUGUUAUUAUAAUAUUAUCGUUGACAAUUAUCGAUAGCCGGAUUGUGUUAAUACAAGAAGGUUUUUUUUAUUAUUAUACAUUUCGUAAAUGCGAAAUAAAAUUACUUUUGUUUAUUAUAUUUUUAUAUUAAGACUUACAAAAUAAUCAAUUCAAAUAAUGUACCUAUUCAUUUACAAUACAUAUCUUCUCAAGUGAAUUAAUGAAUUAGGUACUUAAUAAAUCAUUUUUGUUAUAUUUUAUGAAUAAUACUGUGAAUCACUUUUCAGUGAUAUACGAGUAGCCUGUCUGAUUAACACUGUCUUACUACCUACAUCACACAUCGUAUUUUUUUCUUUUAGUUAAAAAAUAUUAGCUUUGCGUUUUUAUUAUUAAAAGCCACUAAUAUUUGCUCUUUACACACCGACCAAUCAAAAAUCAAAUUCUAAGAAUGGGUAGGACAAGAGUCUAACAGGCGGGUAUCGAACCCAACACCUUUUGGUUUAAUCCUCUACAUCUCUAUUCCAGUUCUUAGACUGAAUUAAAAUAUAAAAAAAAUCAUAAAAUAUUUGUCAUUUUAGUUUGUAAAACAAAGCAUUUUAGCAAAUAAUUUUGAAUAAUUGUGAACUAGAAUGCCAACUAUGAAAUAUAAAUUUAAAACUUAUUAAAUAAAAUGUUUAAUUAAAUAAAAUAUUUUCAUCCGGUAACCUGACAGGAGAAGCUUAAUCUUACUCGAGACCCUACAUCAAUAAUAUUACAAAUAAAAUAUAUUUGUCCAUGUUUUAUAAAUUAUUUCAAAGUAAAUUUAUUUUCAGUUUGCUGUUUAAAUAAACUAAUUUUAAAUGAUGAUUAAGUUGUGUAAUAAUGUAUGUUCCAUGAAACACACAGUGUGACAGUGGUCUGAUUUUGAUAAUAAUUCUUUUUUUAAUUAAAUCCCCCGAAGUUGGUUGGAAAAAAAAAGAAAUUCCAACCAAAACGGGAUGAUUAUUUCUCAACUCAUACAUUGUAAUGUAAGACUACGGAUAACUUUGUAUAACUUUCUAAAUCGUUGACUUUGAUAAUUUAGACUUUGAUACUUAAUUAAUUAUUUUUUUAUUAGAUAGAUAAAAAUGUUCCUAAGGGUGGUAAAAAAGGGGUGAUCUAUUGAUCGCUUUUUAGUUUCGCACGCUUAGGUUUUAGAUGUAUUUUGUUUUUUUUUUUUUAAAUAUGGUGUUGGGUUCAAUAAUGCUAUUCUAAUCAUAAAAUAAAUGAAGAAAAUAA